UUCUCCUUCGGCGUCGUCUAUGGUUCAUGCUUCACCUCGAUCGAGUCCGUCUCCCCCACCAGCCGCACCGCAGCCUCAGCCCACGGGUCCUCCACCGGCUAUGCAGCCGACAGUGAGGAGGAGUGGGAGGUAUGCGGUGGCGGAGGAUGGAGCGGGGGUCACGGAUGAAGAUGUGAUGCAGAGAGCUAUGCGGCGCAAGGCGGAGCUGAACCUCGACACGGCAGGUCAUCUACAGAUGUACAGGUAUUCUCCGUUUGUGGUUACCUCUUCAGCGGAUGGAGAACCGAGACCUAUUUACGGAGGUCUGUACACGGUUGGAGGAUACGGCGAGGGAUACUUUUUCCCUACAUGGGUGGCAGCAUAGUCUACGGAUUGCAGCACCACCCACACCUUAGGCGAUUUAUGAUUCAUCGUUCCGAUAUGUAUUUCGCCUAGUUUUUUCCUUUACAUUGUUGGUUACAGACUCGUUGAACAGCUGUGUGCAUCCUGGUUAUGCAGAGGCUGGAUGUAAUUGCUUUCCAAAAGUAAUAAAGCAUCCUUUAUCGAAAAAAAAAU